CCACCUGAACCACCACCACCGCAGAAAACCACCCACCCCUCCCCACAAUCUCCAACAACCUCGACCUCAACCCACGAACCACCUACCUACCUACACUACCCUACCUCCAAACCACAACCCCACCCCAAAAAAUGACAACCACCCCGGCCCGCCCCGACCAAACCCCCCCCAACGACCUAGAAACCGACCUCCUAACGCACCUAACCACAACGCCCGCCCUCGACGACCUGCACAGCACGCUCCUCGCGGCCCUGCAACGCACCGGCUGGACCGAGAAGAUCCGGCGCCUGGCCCAGGAACUCCUCCGGGGGGGACGAUGCGAGCGGUUCGACGAGGUGAUCGAGGCGGUGGUCGCGUCCGCCGAGGGACGACGGCAUCCGUCGCUCCUGCCCGCCCCAAGAAACGGGGCAGCGAUCAAGAAUGAAGAUGAUGAUGCCUCGGAUCACGCGAAUGGGCGGAGGAACGCCAACGCCGACGGCAGCGGCGAUAAUGCAGCCUUCUUUGAGAAUGUGGACGUGCGGAUCCCCUCGGCUGUUGUCGAGCAGGGUGUCCGCGCGAUCAAGGAGGUUCUGCGCGAGGUGGUGAUCCUCGAAGGGGAUGGGGAUGGGGUUGGGGGUCCUGGUCAAACGGCCGGGGAGGGUGGGGAGAGGGACAAGGAGAGGGAGAAGGAGCAGACUACCACUACCACGAAAACGCCGGGCCAGAAGGAUCGGGUCAAGGGGAUGAAGAAUGGGGAGAGUAAUGGGGCCGGGGCCAGUGGGAGUCCCGUCAAGAAAGGGGAGAAGAAGAUGAAGCUGAAGCAGGGGAAAUGAGGAAGUCUGCUCUGCUGGCUCCUCUGCUGUCUGUGUUAUAUUCGAUAAAUACGUGGGAGUUCAUGUUGGUGUUGGGGGACAUCCGUCUGGCGUUUGGAUUGUUUCGGGACCCCCCCCCGGUGUUUACGGUGGGCAUUGCAUUUUCUAGAUACCAAAUUCGACUACUUCGUUACUUGCACCUUAGUUUCUACAAUCGAAACACAUCGUAGCAACUUCUUGGCUAUUAGAUGAUCAGAACUAUCUUAGCACCCAGAAUAAUAAGAAAUGGCCACAAAAGUACUUGUCAACCAACGUGAUUUAGUCGAGGCUCACCCCGCUGAUCUAACGAAGUGCGCAUGAAACAAAGCAUGAAAGGAUACAGUUUAGUCGUAGAGGCUGUCAUCAUUGCCGGCUUCGCCAAAAGUGUUGUUGUCCGCCACCUCACCCGAGGAAGGGAAGCGGAAGAAGGUGCUGCCGCCAGAGUUCUUCAAGCUCUGCGCGA